GAAAGAAAAGUGGAAUUGUCAUGGCAACUGGGUAUGUGGAACAGUCAUGUUAUCUCAUGAGGCUUGCGCACAUUGCUGCAUACUCUAAGCAUAAGAGCCGUAGGAAGGUAUGGCGAAGUGAUAUCCACGCCAUGAGUUAGUAUAUAAAUCACUUCCAGUCUUCGGUGACAAGACCAAAAGGGAGGACUCAAGUCUGAUAGUAUGAUCUGCGACAGGUUACAUCACGUUCAACCAAUGGCCAGUUUCUCGUGAGUUUUUCCCCGGAUGUCUAUAAUUUCCGACAUACCGUCUCCCCGCGAACUAUGUGUCGACCUGGGUACUGGCCAUGGGGCUGUGGCUCGCGCGCUGGCCACCCUUUUCAAAUCUGUUAUCGGCGUUGAUUCCUCCAAGGGCAUGCUGAAGCAAGCUGCAGGAGCUCAGAAAUCGGACGUCAGUAAUAUCCAACAUCACCAGUCCAAUGCAGAGUCUCUCCCCUUCAUUGCAUCGAAGACGGUUGAUCUGGUGAUCGCCUGUCAAGCAGCACAUUGGUUCGACCCUGAGCCGCUCUGGAAAGAGAUGACACGAAUAGUCCGGCCUGGGGGUACUGUUGUUUUCUGGAACUGGGGCCAUUACGUCGUAAUGGGACGUCCGCAGGUUAAUAGGGCCCUGCAAAAGUUCUUUUUUGAGGAUCUGGUACCGUACUGGCCUCAACCAGGAAUAUCAGUGUUCAACAAUGAAUGGAUGUAUCCUGUUGAAUGCCGGGACUUUGCUAACUGGACCGACCUUACAAGGUUGGUGAGUGUUCCUGCCGAUGAUGAUGCGCCUGGCGUGUUGGAGACGCCAGGAGCUACACUUGGUAGUCUGGAGACCCUGAUACGGACAUUGAGUAUGAUCCAUGAAUGGCGCAAGGCACAAUCUGAAGCUUUAUCGGUAAAAGAAGGCGGGUAUGGCGACUGCGUGGACACUCUCAUGCGAGAUAUGAUCGAGGGCGACAAAAAAUGGCGCGCUUUUGUUACACCGGGGGGCGAUUGGCGGGACAUCGAGGUAGAUCUCGAAAUGCGCAGCAUUCUGCUAAUGGCUCGAAGGAAACAGUCCCUGUCGUACUGCGCAGAUCCGCAUCAACGCUAG